CAAAAUGAAAUUGUAAGGUGUUUUCCCGCACAUGAGUGAUUCGUUAUCUACCGGGCAACUAUCGUCAUGCGCUAUCAACUGAAUAUGCUUUUGCGCAUUGCAUUUUAUUUAGUCUCACUAAUUUCUACGAACUUCGUUGUUCACGACCUUGAGGCUGCAGAAGGUUCACACUAUUUGCCACAGUGCCUGCCACAAUUCUCACCGUUCGUCGGGCUUUCGGACUAUUCGUUCAAAAUACCUGAUACUAUUUCGCUGGGAUGCAAUUUUUUCACUCCGUUCACAUGCGGAAUUGACCAAGGGGACGUAAGCUGGUACAAAAUUGAAGAUAUGGAUAUUUCACCGAUAAACAAGACUGUGGGUCAAAUUCUUCAAGUUACCGUAGUCAAAAAAUCACAGUUAAAGGUACAGUAUCAGUGUGUGAUUAAAAACUCCGUUGGCGCAAUCUCACGAAUAUUCUCCAUGAGAAAAUCAGGGCCUUUUCGAGGGAAGUUGGAGUUUCAGGAUCUCAGAGAAGUGGAGCAAGAUAAACUUCUCUGGCUGCCUACACUGGAUUCGCAAGCAGAAUCACAAACAAAAUAUUUUCAUUAUGGAGAAACCGUCAACCUGAAGUUCUCAUUCUACGUUAAAAGCAUGUGGCUGCGACCCCACAGCAAGUGGUUCUUCUCUGUUCUAAAUCCCGGACAAAUGGUCAGUGAAGCUAACCGAAUCGAGCUGUUUCCCUAUAUCCCGAACACAAAACUUUCCUCCAGGUACAACAUGACCCUCAAUAGAAUCCCUUGUGGAAUUUGGCCCACAGACGGUAUCUGCUACGAGGCGUCGCUUGUAAUAUUCGAUUUGAUGCACGCAGAUACGGGGGUCUAUACUUGUUGGGUUGGCCCAGAAAGUUCAAGGGAGCUAAACGGUCAGGUGAACGGCACAAAGCUAGCCAUUCAACGGAACAUACAGCUUUUCGCGCUACCUGACCCCUUGGAAUUGCUCACCCAGAAUGAGAACCUGCAGAGGUCAUUUGGAACGGUCGACCUUACUGACAGACAACGGGUGCUAGAUGACUUGAGCUCCUUCCAUGACGAACGACCCAAAGAGAAAAGUGAAGUGAUCAUGGCUCAUCUCUCCCCUAUUCGACCUGACAUGAUUCUACUGGAUGAACACAAUUUACGCGACUCUUCCCACAACCUACUGUUCAACAAGAACGCUACGGUGUGCAUGGGCACCAAUUUUACUCUGCAUUGUUCUUUAAAACCGACGGUUUUGAAUGGUAGUGUACAUCUCUUGUGCGUACAAGAGAGUGAGGAUUUCCCUUCAGCAACAAGUGAACACAUCGAGAAACUAACUAUCAAAAGGAUCAUAAACGAAUCUUUGCGCCCCUCCAUAGACCACACCUUCUUUGAAGUUAAUGAAGAACACGCUGGCUGGUAUGUGUGUAUGGGCAAAGUUUACGACCAACCAGAAACUUUGUGGCAAACUAUGUACCUUAAAACUCGGCGAUGCCUAAACACAUCCGCGUCAACCGAGGGGAGGUUAAUCACAAGUGUACUCAGCUUUCCCGGAAGUCUGAUAAUCUUUGCAGUACUAUGUGCCGUUAGCUUGCUGGUGAGCUUAUUUGCCUUAUGUGGAAGUCAAGGACUGCAAAGACUCGACUGUCGGUGGAGUGCACCGUGUAUAUCUAAUAAGCCCCCGGGACAAGAGCCCGCAAUGAAAGAGCGAUUGGCAACCAAACGUUCCCCGGUACUAAAGAAAAAGGUCCAUGUUUACCGACAUCCAAAUCAUUUGUACACUGGGACGUCCAGUGAGUCCACUCUACAGCGGGAGAUUACGUCCCUGUUAGACGUAAAAAUCGAUGAAGGAUAUGAUAGUCAAAUAGACAGCACUUCAACCCACCAAACUCCGUGUCAUGGAAGCCAUACGCACCCGCGAGUUUCUAACGGUGCGCGCUCAAUACUGGCCUGCCUCAACUUCAAUAAACUGAGGGAUACAGAAAACAGAAUGACAUCUUCUCAAACAACACAUGGUAACGCAACUGACCAACUGACACUCUACGUAGGCCGAUCCCCUGCUCCAAAAACCAAAACAGCUUUCAGCUCCAAUCUUUUCAGGCAUUUUUCAUGGCCUGUACAUUCAGGGACAGUACAAGUCGACGCUAAAAAUAAUGGUGUUUUAGUAGAAUGUGAGACAUCGAAAAUAUUGUAUGAACUUCCGGUGGACGAGUCGUGGGAGUUACCCAGAGAUUGCAUUCGAGUUGGACACAAACUGGGUCAAGGUGCGUUUGGUGUGGUCUACUACGGACGGCUUGAUCUGUCCAGGUUGAGGAAUUCCACCGUGGAACGUUUUCCAACAAGUCUGAUUCGUCCGGAAAAAUUGAAGGCAAACCAUAAUCUUUGGGAAGUGGCAGUCAAGAGGCUGCGAAGUGAUUUCGUUGAACAAGAGUUGAUUGAUCUUGUUCGAGAGAUGGAAAUGAUGAAACUGCUUGGCUCACAUCCACAUUUGAUUCGGUUCUACGGUGCCUGCACGCAAUCCUGGCCUUUUCAAGUUGUCGUCGAAUAUGCACCCCACGGAAACCUUCGCGACUUCCUUCGUGCCCGCCGUCCUCCAAAGUCUACUUCAGAAUUAAACCGCUUGAUGAAGUUACCAUACCCAACACUAAACAGACGCAACCUUUUGGAUUAUGGAUUACAGGUUGCGCGUGGAAUGGAAUAUUUGAGCUUGAGAUCUGUAGUCCACCGUGACUUGGCUGCAAGAAAUGUUUUGGUGGGAGAACAAUUUGUGGUCAAAAUUGCCGAUUUUGGCCUAACGCGUACGGUCUCGGAUUAUUAUCGGAAGACAACCAGCGGUCGCCUGCCAAUAAAAUGGAUGUCACCCGAAUCGCUGUUUGACAGGACAUACACCACAAAAAGUGACGUCUGGUCCUUUGGCGUUCUUCUGUGGGAAAUAUUCUCACUCGGUGCGGUGCCGUAUCCAUCAAUAGAUCCCGAACGCCUCCCAAACAUGUUGAGCCAGGGGCACCGCAAUGAUUGUCCGAAACUGGCGAAUAAAGAAAUCUAUGAGAUUAUGAAAUGGUGUUGGACCGAAAAUCCAGACGACCGACCAGAAUUCUCUGCGAUUUCACUCCAGCUGGAAAGAAUAAAACAAAUGAACAAUGGUUGGUUCACUGACUAUCCUAUAAACGGCUUAAACGAGGAAACUUCGGCCGAUUCGGGCCAGGCGAGUGCCGAAUCACCGGAAAGACACCUGCGAGUGGGUGUUUGCUCUAGUGAGGAGUGCAGUCAUGUAACCGGCUCUGUGCACGCUUCCCUUCAGUGUGUGCCCAGUCUCCAGUCUGAAUUCCACAAAUCCACUAAUGACUGUCCUUACGCUGACAAACCGCUCAAUCAUUAUUUAGAAAUGACCGAUAGUUAUCUGAUACCAAAAACCUCCACCGCUUCGUUGCUUUGAUAGCCUCAAUGCAGACCAUACAAGAGAAUUACGAUAUCGCCACCAUAAGUUAUCGCCAAUGUUUCUGUACAAGUAACACCUUUUACGCCUUCCAUUCUAGGUGUUUUCCGUAUUUUUAUGCAUGUUUCUAGAUAACAUUCUGUUUGGACCACAUCAUCUAUAAAUGUAUCUAACAUUGCCUUUGUCAACCGUCAAUUAUGCUAAUAUAUGUAUAUAAA